CAUGCAGUACUCGUGGCUGCCACAGGAGCGUAGGGAGCCCAUUGUCCGCGAAAAGCCUCCAGUGGUCAUAUCCUCCAGCAGAUUCGCUCGCAUCCAGCGGAAUGCCUGCCAGGCAGCCAAACAGGAGAAGCUCCAGCUACAAAGCCUCCGCGACCAGGAGCAGGAGAGACUCCGUAUUGGGGGCGAGGAGUUGCUCAAGAAGUUCAAUGGCCAGAAUCUGUGCAUCACCCAGGAGGAGGAGUGCGCCCGGGAGCUGAAGCAGCAGGAGGAGCAGAUCUUGCAGGCUAAGCGGCAGGCGGAGGAGGAGACCAACGCCGCUCGCGAGGAGCAGCGGGCGACCAGGCAGGAGCGAAUCAAGGCAGCCCAGAAGCUGUUGGAGCAACUGCGGCCAGGACCUAGGGAACUGCAAUGUGCCAGGCUGCAGAGCGAGGUCCUGCGGAGUGUGAAUGCCCAGCGUGAGGUCCAGGAGGAGUAUUCCAAAGCCAGGCAACGGCAGGCGGAACUGGAUAGGAAGGUUUACCAGGAGCAGGUGUUCCGAGGCUACGAGGAGGCCAAGAAGCGGCAUACAGAACGCUGUCAGCAGCUGGAGGAGCACAAAAAAGAGCUCCUCGAAUCCAUUGCCGAAAGGGAAAAGCACCGACAGGCCACUAAAGCCGAGGAGUUGGAGGAGGCUCGCCAGGAGCGGGAACGAAAUGCAAAACAACUGAAGGAUCAACAGGACAAGGAGAAGAAACUGCUGGCCUCUAAGCAGCGUCAGAGGAAAGAGGAGGCUCUUGCCUCUCUGGCCAUGUCGGAGCAAUGCCAGAAGCGUCUACAAAUGCUGGAGGAGGUGGAGCAGGCCCAGUGUGAUGUGCACAAUGCGGCCAAGAGGCAACUGGAGGGAAUGAAACGAGAUCGGGCCAGGGAGCGUGUGCAGCAGCGAAUCCUCCGAAAUGAAAAACUUGCUCGGGAGCUGGUGCCCCGACUCCACUACAGUGCCGAGGAGGAUCUGGCCCGACAUAGCCGUCAGCUGGAGGAGAUGCGCAAAGCCCACAGUGCCGAGCAGGCCAAGAAGAGACAGGUGCGGGAGCAGGCCAUUAACGCCCGCUUGGCCAUACAGAAGCAGGAGGAGGAGCAGGCUAGGCUCAGCCGGAAGAAGGAGGAGGAGGAGCGACUAAGGGCAGUGGAGCUGCGUCUGCAGAACGACCUCACGAAUGUUCAGUUCCAGCGGCAACAGCGCCAGGAGCAACUCGAAAGAAUGCGACAGCUGCGCCGCCAGCUGGAUGACCAGGUGAAGCGUCGACACGAGGACGAAACCAGGCCGGACACCAACUACAACCGGGAGGCCCAGCUUGAGGAGCUGCGCGAGGAUGUCUUCUUCUUCGACUACGCCCGCCAGCUGAUGGACGAGGCCAGCUCGAAGGGCUGCCCCCUGAAGCCCCUCAUCAGGGCGGUGGGUCAGUACAAGAACGAGAAUCGCAUCGGGGCGGAGGUAAGGGUGCCGCGCCACCUCAUCACCCGACUGCCCAUGGGUCGACGCACUCAGGGCGACAGCCAGGCGGAGGGUAAGGUGAAACCUCCGGAGGAACUGGAACCGAAUGCCGAAAAACUCAGCCAAGAGGAGCAGCAGCAUAGGUUAACCAUCGAGGAGAAUCUCAAGAAGAUUGAGGCCCUGAUGCUGGAGGAGUCCAAAACCAAAAAGGCGGGAAAAGUGGCGCCUAAAUAAUGCUUUUUCGUUGCACUUGUAAUAUGGAAUAUGGGUAUUAACCAUCAAAAAGCAGUAAACCAUAAUGCCUCUCAAGUAACAGCCUUUAUUUGAUGAAACCUCAAAACAAAACUGUUGAAAAUAAAACCCACCACUUGACUCCGAUGGCGGUUAGGCUUAUGGAGGUGGCAAUACCCCAAAGUAUCCAUUACAUUGGCACUCAUGGAUUCUCAUCGAAUGUAUUGAGUUGCAAUCACCAAUUGCGAAAUGCAAUUCCUCAGAGAUCCACUUUCAAUGCCAUUACUCAUUACACAUAAGGUCUAUAUCCCUAAA